UCACAUUGUGUACUUCUCUUAUGGAUAAUAAUUCCGUAAUCAAAAGCCAGGGUGAGCUCGAAAUCCAAUCGGAGGCCGAGGCGGAGGCGUAUGAGUCGUACGUCAACGCAGCUUUAGAAGAUGGUCAGACCGCAAAAAAAUCUGUCCAACGGAAUUAUGCAACUGUUCUGACAGAGGAAGAUAUUCGAGAACUAAUGGAAAUUGACAUUCAAAGUGUUUCAGAUUUUACUUCCCUCUCCAAAGCGGAAGCCACACUUCUGCUUUCUCACUUGAGAUGGGAUGUUGAUGACAUUCGUGAACAAUGGUCUGCUGAUGCUCAGAUUGUUAGAGAAAGCGUCGGCUUAUUGGAGCUUGAUCCAUCUUCUGAUGACAACGAGUAUUUUUGCGGAGCCUGUGGCAAAUCAGACCCACAUAAGAACUUCGCAUCAGUUUCUUGUGGCCAUCGUAUAUGCACUCUCUGCUGGACAAGUCAUAUCAACAAAAUCAUCAGUGAAAAGCCAUCUGCUGAAUGGAAUCUUUGGCUGAAAUGCCCUGUUCGUGUUGGUCUCCACGCUUCUUGUCCAGCUUCUGUUGGUCGAGAUAUGAUUGAGAGAUUUGCUUCCAAGGAAGAGAAGUUCAAGUACACUCAAUAUCUCCUUAGAACUUACGUUGAGAACAGAGAAAUGAUGAAAUGGCAUCCUAUCCCGGGGUCUAGAUGCGCGAUUGAUCUUAGUCCUGAUUCUGGAGAUGCCAGUGUCUCCUGUCUCCGUUUGGUUAGAUUCUGUUGGAAGUGCAGAGAGGAUGCUCACAGCCCUGUGGACUGUAAAACUGCUGCAAAAUGGCUACUAGAAAAUGCGGUACCUUGUCCCACGUGUAAGCUAAGUAUCCUACGAAAUCAAGAUAAUUCACUGAAGAUGAAAUGCUUACCCUGUAACUACGAUUUCUGUUGGUACUGCCGUCUCCACUGGAUUGAACACCUGGGUGAUUCAUACACUUGUAACUUCUAUGCUGUCUCGAGUGAUCAAAGUGGGGAUAUGUCAGAAUCUGAUCCAAAUAGAUACGAAGAUUGUUAUGAAGAUUGGAGCAGUAAUGAAUUGUUGAUGCAAAAAGCAGAAGCAAACCUGCCAAAACUAGAUACUGCUAUUCAGGAUCUAAGUAACACACAGUUAGAAAACGUAUCACAGCUUAACUUCAUCCUAGAAGCUGGGCUUCAGGUCAUAGAAUGUCUAAGGGUCCUGAAAUGGACUUAUGUUUAUGGAUAUUACCUUAGAGAGGAUGAGGUCGGGAAGCAAAAUUUAUUGAAGGAUACGCAAGAGAGGUUGAAAUUUUUUGUGGAGAAUCUCAAACACUGUUUGGAGACUAAUCUGCAGCCGUUUUGUUACGAGGAGGAACCAUCAAAGGAUUUCAAAGCCUUCCGCAUCAAGUUAACUGAACUAACUAGCCUAACGCGGAACCACUAUGAGAAUGUGAUCAUGGAUUCCGAUGAUGAUAUGCUUGAUGCCCACGAUAUGGAAUCUGGAGAUGAUGAUUACUACAGCGGCGGCACCGAUGAUUACGAUGAUAGUGAUGAUGUUGAAACUGAUUACGGGUUUGGUGAGGCAGACGCCGACGAUUCCGCCAUUAUCGCCUCCCAUCGCUCUCAGAUAAAUUAUGUUGUUCUCAAGGAAGAAGAUAUUCGCAGGCAUCAGAACGAUGAUGUUGGGCGAGUUUCCGUGGUCCUCUCCAUAACCGAUGUCGAAGCAAGCAUUUUACUUCUUCACUAUCACUGGAGUGUUAGUAAAGUUCAUGAUGAAUGGUUUGCCGAUGAGGAGAGAAUUCGGAGAACUGUUGGCAUAUUAGAGGGACCUGUUGUUCCAACACCUAAAGGCAGAGAACUUACAUGUGGAAUAUGCUUUGAAUCCUACCCUCUUGAGCAAAUUGUAUCGGUUUCUUGUGGUCAUCCUUUCUGCACUACAUGUUGGACGGGUUACAUAAGCACAACCAUCAAUGAUGGCCCAGGAUGUUUGAUGCUAAAAUGUCCUGAGCCUUCUUGUCCUGCUGCUAUUGGUCGAGAUAUGAUCGAUAAAUUGGCUUGUAAGGAAGACAAGGAGAAGUAUUAUAGAUAUUUUCUUAGAUCUUAUGUUGAAGACAACAGAAAGAUGAAGUGGUGUCCUGCCCCAGGAUGUGAGCAUGCAAUUGAUUUUGCUGCUGGGACUGAAAGUUAUGAUGUUUCGUGCUUGUGUUCGUAUAGCUUUUGCUGGAAUUGCACUGAAGAGGCUCACCGUCCUGUGGAUUGUGACACAGUUGGGAAAUGGAUACUAAAGAACAGCGCUGAAUCUGAAAAUAUGAAUUGGAUACUUGCUAAUUCAAAGCCUUGUCCAAGGUGUAAGCGGCCAAUUGAAAAGAAUCAUGGCUGUAUGCACAUGACAUGCACACCACCUUGUAAACAUGAGUUUUGUUGGCUUUGCCUUAACGCAUGGACAGAGCACGGGGAAAGAACUGGUGGAUUUUAUGCCUGCAAUCGGUAUGAGGCGGCUAAGCAAGAAGGGUUGUAUGAUGAGGCUGAAAGGAGGCGAGAGAUGGCAAAAAAUUCGCUAGAGAGAUACACUCAUUACUAUGAACGCUGGGCAAGCAAUCAAGUGUCGAGGCAAAAAGCUAUGGGGGAUCUGCAGAAAAUGCAAUCAGAGAAGCUUGGGAAGCUUAGUGACAUACAGUGCACACCAGAAUCUCAGCUCAAGUUUAUCGCAGCAGCUUGGCUCCAGAUCAUUGAAUGCAGACGGGUACUUAAAUGGACAUAUGCAUAUGGAUACUAUCUACCAGAUCAUGCUAAGCGACAAUUUUUUGAGUAUUUGCAAGGGGAGGCUGAGUCAGGUUUGGAGAGGCUCCACAAAUGCGUGGAGAAGGAUUUAGAGGUGUUUCAAAUUGCUGACGGCCCUUCAGAUGAAUUCAAUCAUUUCCGGACAAAAUUAACUGGUUUAACCAGCAUAACAAAAACCUACUUCGAAAAUCUGGUGAAAGCUCUGGAGAAUGGUCUUGCUGAUGUGGAUAUACAAGCUGCUAGCAGCAAACCAGCAAACUCUAAAUCGUCUAGCAAGACAAAAGGCGGUGGGAAAGGUAAAGGAAGCUCCAAAAAUGGCGGUUCCAGCAGAAACCCAGAUGACAAUUGAGAUCUCUCAGGUUUCAGUUGCAUCACUCAGUCUCUCUCACAAAGGUCUAGAUUACUCGGGAAGAAGAAGAAAGAUUUCUUAAGAGUUCAGCAAAUUGGAGAAAGGUUUGGGGUUUACAAUACUUUUGAGUACACUCCUGUGAGUUUGAAGGCUGUUAAGGCACAAGACUGCACGCACAAGUGAACUAUCUAUCUCUGUCUUAAGGGUUCAUGUUAGUCUUUGGUUACCCUAAAUAUUGUAUAGUAAAAAAGAAUCUGCACA